AUGGUGCGCGUGGUGUCGUGUCGCUACUUGCGCUGGAGCUGCAGCGAAGACGACCACCCGCUCUUCCGUCGCCACUACACAAGAAGCAACCGGGAUCGUGGGGUCAAGUUCUUGCGCUGCUUCCCGCACUGCUGCCCGGAGCACGUCCGCCGAGGCUACUGCGGCUCCUCCAUCCACGUGCAGGUGACGUUCGCCGCGGCGGUGUCGGCUGCCACUCAGAGCUCGCUGGCCGUCCUCGCGCGCUUCGAGCCGUCCAAAUGUAUCACCGCGCGUGUCUCUGGCACCGACGUCGACGCCGACGAGCGGAGGCUGCUGCAGCCGGGCAAGGUCGUGGCGCUGCCCGCGAGUCUCUUCGACCCUGCGGCACGGCACGUGGCGCCAACGACGACCUGGAUCCGAGCGGACAGGGAAGGCGACAGGAAGCAGCAGACGCUCCCUGAGGACGCGGUGCUGUACGUGCUCAACAACCACCGGCACCCCAGGUGGCUCUACAACUACGACAGCAGCACCAGCAGAGCGCGGCGAGAGAUGACGCACCACCUGGUCGUCUACGUCUUCCUGCUCCUGAACAGAUCGAGUGGCACGGGG